CCUUAUUGGGAGUACCACCCACUUGAAGACAGCACCAAAUAAGUAAAGUAUACACGCAGCACACCAGACACGCAGAACAUAAAAUGCGCUUAACCAGCUUCUUACUGCUUGCCGCGGCAAUCGCGGUUGUUGCGGCAACUCCACUUAAGCGCCUCAGCACAUACCAGCGGCAGCGUGUGCAUUCAGCACGUCAGGUGCUGGCAACCACCGCGCAGCCAGUGCAAGCGCGCACCGGUUACCCGGCAGCCGGCUUUCGGCCGCAAAUACCCUUCGAGUUGCCAAGUGAACGCAAAACGACAGAGUUGCCAGCAGUGAGUAGCACGCCUGGGCCAGCUAACAAAGUUACAACAGCACAAGCCGAGAACGCAGCUGACUCGGGUGACGUAAAUGUGGACAUUGAAGUGAUUGUCGAAGGUACAGACGUAGAAGAAAACGAGGAAAAGGUUGGAAACACAACCGAAAACCCGAAAAGCGACGUUGAAAACGACGUUGAGUUGCAAGUGGAAAUUAACGAAGAAACCUCAGAGGCCGCAGUAGAAACGCACACGCCCGCAAUCGAAUAUGGACCGCCUGCGGUCGAUGCCGACACGGUCGAAGUACCCGCAGAGCACUUUCAACCACCCAAUAAGGAUGCCGAAGAAUUUGCCGCCAGCAAUCCAACACUCGACGCGGACGUGGCCAUUGCUGCUGGCAGUGCUGCCACCAAUGUUGACGCUGAUCUUCCCGCUCAGCCUGUUGCUGAUUUUCCGGCUGUGGCGGAGGAGACCUUCACGCCUACUGUGGCGGCGAGCGAUGACGAUAACGCUGGCGUAGCUCCCAUCGACGUGAGCGGUGAAUUGGAUGCCGAAGCAGCGGAGCAACCAAUACCGGCCGCAAGUUAUGGUCCACCAACCGGCGUUGAUGAAGCAGAGUCACGUUUGCCGGCGGAAACUUAUGAAGCACCUGGCGCUGAAGAGGCAGAAUCACGUUUGCCGGCGAACACAUAUGGUGCACCUGGCGUUGUUGCAGUCAUGCCACCCGUGGUAGAGGAAGAAGACUUUGGUGUGGAGCUGAACGAGUUAGAGCCAGCGCCAGCUGCCGAAGAUGCCGAAUUGGCGGCAGAGCAAAUUGAAUUGCUUAGUGAACUUAGCGAUUUGCAGAGCGGACGUUUAAUUUUUGUGCCCUCCGAUGGUGGCAAUUUGCGUCAGAUCUUCUUUGCAGCGCCACCACAGCAGCGACGCACCGACCGAAACGGUCGCUUAGUGCGUGUUUAGAAUAAGACUUUAAAUGUAAAUUUGUUUUUGGUUUCGCAAUAGUUGAUUGCCUUGUUUAUAUAUAUGUGUAGUGUUCUCAAGACUAAAGAUCAGUGUUAAUAAAAGUUAAAACACAAACUCAA